GCUCUCGACAACGCAAGGGUCCUUCAAGUUCAACUUCAACGGCGCUUGUUUUCUAUUUUCCCUGUGUUGCUAAGUUAUCUUUUCGACUGACCUAUUUUAUUACUACAGGGCCAGUAGGAGCCUCAAUCUUCUCCUGGCCUUGCUACCUGGCUCUUCCCACUGGGGCAGGCAAGCAGGCAGCCCUGGUCUAAAGGAGCUCAGCUUGGCGAGACAGAGACACGGGAGCAGGCCUUAGCAGGGGAACCAGUCUGUGUUUGCUUGGUUGCCUCUCCAGGUUAGCGUGAAACAAUUGAAGAGCCUCUCUGAAUGGAUUUGAGUGACACAGAACUGUUUAUUUGUCUACUGUUUCUGCCUCCCACAACCUUCCACAUGUUUGUAUUGGGUUUUUUGGGGGGGGAUUUGCUAACAACCAACCACCACAACGGUUCCAUUGUGGGGGGCUGUCACAGACAGUGGCUCUGGAAAUGCUGAGGGGGCCAGCCAGAGGAUGAGGAGACUGGUAUGAGGAAGUGGUGGUGUGGUAGAAGUGGCUGUUUCUGUAUAAAUAAGGUGAGACUGCUGUGAUGACCUCUAGGGUUUUGAGAGUGUGACCUGGUAAUGGCUCGCCCUGCCCCAGCUCCACUGUACACCCUGAGGGGUGCUGGGUCAGCCCUGAAUGCCCUGCAGUUCAGGUGCUGUGGAGGGGACACUCCCCUACUCUUUUCAGGGUCAGCGCAGGGUUCAGUCCAUGUGUGGAACCUGAUCACUAGGAGAGCAGGGAAGGUUCUAGAUGGUCAUUCUGGAGCUUCUGUCAUCUGGCUUAACACUCUCCUUUCCAGAGACUCUCUCAUCAGUCAGGGCAGAGACAUGCGAGUUUGUCAGUGGGAUCUGGCUGAAGGGCGCAGUGAUGUCACAGACUCUGUGUGGACCGGUAGUGUGGGAUUCUGUCGCUGUUCCCUGCUGGAGACUGGGCCUGGGAGAUGGCUACUGGCCCACCCUGGAGAAGCCAUGGAGGAGGUGAAGGUUAUUGAACUGCCCAGCCGUCAGCCAGUCUGCUCCCUGGUCCCACAAAGAAAACCGGGGAUGGUCAUGUGCAUAAAUCUGUGGCAGCCAGAUUCAGGCCCAGGCCCUCUCCUCCUGGCCGGUUAUGAGGAUGGCUCCCUGGCAGUUUGGGAUGUAUCCCUGAGGUCUGUGUUGAGCCGUGUGGCUGCCCACCCUGAGCCCGUCAUGUGUCUGGCCUUUGACCCCACUGGGCAGAGGGGUGUCUCUGGCUCCUCCGAGAAGAGCCUCUCCUCCUGGACGCUUGAUGGACAGCACAGACUUCAGCUCCAGGAUCCCAUAGCCCUCGUCAACCCUGGGAUCUCACAACUGUGUAUCCGGGGGGACGGUAAGAUUUUGGCAUCGGCUGGCUGGGACCACCGUGUACGUGUAUUUGGCUGGAAGAAGCUCCGUCCCCUGGCCGUGCUCCAGCACCACACAGACAUGGUGCUCAGCCUGGCAUUCUCAGACCACCAGGACACCAGGAACAGGCUUCUGGCUGCAGGCUCCAAGGACCAACGCAUCAGCCUCUGGUCCAUAUACAACCAGGACUAAGACUCUGGCAUUAGGUCAUGAGCUCACUUUCCUGGUAAAGUAUGUCUAUAGAAUUUUCUCCAAUUGGUUAUUUUCUACUAAGCCAAAUUGGAUCAAGUAGAGAAGGGUUGUCUUUGUCCAAACUGAAGUUACGGAUCAAGAUGGAGGUUUAGUUCAACUUCGGCUUACAAUUCACUAAAGCCGUAGAUAAGGAAUUUCAACACAUUUUAUCAAAUCUAGCUUGUUUAUAGUAUAUACUUGUCUGAUAGAGGAUCGGCUUCAGGGAACUUGAAUUUGAGGUAGACAUUGACCAGCUAUGUAAUCCAGUGUUGUUGUUUUAGCAGGCUUUAUUUCAACAUUGCCAUCUGCAUCAGUCAGUCGGGGAUAACCACAAAAUCUGGACAGAGGAGACAAAUCGCUUUGUGAAGGAGACAGUUGGUCCUCAAAAAGAGAGGCUCACUGCAGGAAUAUGGACUAAAGUUACCACGUUACUUUCAGUUUGACCUCUAGAUCUUGGUUUCUCGUCUUUAUAUGAUAUGGUGCUCCAUGUGCAUUAUGAACAAUAAUGUGUGAAGUUAAAACCUUUUUGUUGCAUACAUUACCGGUUUGUGAGUUACAUACCAAGAAAUUACUGUACCCUAAAACAUUUCUGUGCUAGUUUUAUUUAGUUGAUAUAACUUUUUUUUUUCAUAGUAGACCUAAUCAUUUUCUGUAAAAUAAUUCUGUACAUCCACCGAACAGUAACUGUUGUAUAACUUCACCUUCAUCUAAAUUAGGUGUUCUUGGUUAGGAUAGUUGAGAAGCCAUCUACAUUACUCAAAAUACCAAAGGAAAAAAGUGUUAUUCUACCAGUAUAAAUAGAGACUAAUAAUAUCUCAGUCAGUGAGCAGCAUGGGAUCACAGAUGUUACAAGGCCGUACUGCUGACACCGCUACAGAACUUCAAACAGGCGUUCUGCUUCAUAAAGCCAAGUCUCCUGGGAUGACCUAGACUGGAGUAGCUCAUCAGACGUAGGUCACAGGAAUCAAAGGCUCCUGACGUUCAUGAUAGCAGUGAGCUAUUCCUCUUUUCCAAGAGGAAAGAGCAACCUGCGUUACAUGAACUCCCCUGUCGCGUGCUCCAGUAUUGUCCUCCCUCCGCUCUGAUUUCUCUCUCAGUACCUUUGUCUGUGAACUCUGCUGCGACUUCUUCAAUUUCUAAUAGCUUCCUACUUCUCCUGUAGACUUUGAACAAACAACAGAAGUGGCGUGGGGUGGCUUCCGUCCAUUCUCUGAUAAAUCAAACACUGCUCUAUUGCUGCAGAUGUGUGCUGAAUGAAGGAGCAAACUCACAAGCUAGUCGUAAAUCACCCCAUAAUAGAUGAUUUAGGAAGUCAAUAAAUGGAGAGAAGAGGAGCCCACAACAGGACCGGACAUACAAUAGAACCCUUGCACUCAGUCAUUUGUCACCUAGCGUGUGUCUACCAUGGCCUUGGAGGUCAGGUGUCAGCAUGCCAUUGUGAUUGGAUAUUUUCUGUUAUUUCAGUCAAGUCUUUAGCUAAGUUUAGGCCUCUGCUAUGCUAUUACAGCGUGGGUUUUAAUAGACCUUGAUGUAUUAAUGGUGGGUUGGAUUACUGGCUGUUGACAAUGAUGUAACAUGAACUGAGCCUGAAUGUUUAUGAAAUAGAAAUGAAUAGGAAUAUGAUUGUAAGAAAAUAAUCAUUCUCUGCUUGUGAGCAGGUAAAAUGCCAUGCUUAGUGGCUGAGUAGUUUCCAUUUCUUUAUGCAGAUUGAGGUGAAUGUUUCACGGUCCUUUGUCUUAAGUGAUGUGACUUUAUAUUUAGCAUGAAAUCUCUGUCAGCGAUGGCAAAUGGAACAUAAACUGUAGUAACUUUGCUUGCUGAAAAGCUUUAGGAAAAUGUGAAACACAUGCUCUGCUCUCUCUGCGUGUCUUUUAGGUAAUCGACUCCAAUAGAUCUACCUUGGCUUGUUUUUUUAUAUCUGUCCCCAGAUAUGCAUAGCUCCCGGGGUGCGGCAAAAGAAAUGUACACAAAGGUAAAACAAACUGAGCCCAGCUCUGAUAGGCCUGUCACAACAGAUGGGCCAGAUGCAGCUGAGUGUCAAAUGAUGCCUUUGGUUGCAUUAUCAUUCAUUCUGCUCUGAGUCUCCUCAUACAUCAAUGGCAAGCAUUUGGCAUUCCUUGUAGCCCAAGACAUCUGUGUGCAUAGCUAGCCUGUACAGAAAUACCACAACAUUUCACUAUGGUCUUAUUAUUUGGUGUUAUUGGAGUUAAGUGAGUUUUUCCCUAGGUUCAGACCAAUACAUUUCCAAUCACGUUAAAGGAAUGCUGUUUAGAGCGGCUAAUGAAAUCUAAACAUGUUCCUGUUUUAAAAUGUGUACAUUAUUAUAAAAUAAAUAUGUCCCCUUUGAA